GUGCUGAGCGAACAGGUGGCCCGUAACGAACCGGUGGUUGGGAGCAAAGAGGUGGUCGGGAACGAAGAGGCGGACCCGAGCGAGGAGGAGGCCCCGAACGAAGAAGUGGCCCAGAAUGUAGAAAUGGCGGCAGCCGGACUCAGCGUGACCGUCACCCACAGCAAUGAGAAGCACGACCUUCAUGUUACCGCACAACAGGGCAGUAGUGAACCAAUUGUCCAAGAUCUGGCCCAGGUUGUUGAAGAAGCCACAGGGGUCCCGCUACCUUUUCAGAAACUCAUAUUUAAGGGACAGUCGCUGAAGGAAAUGGAAAAGCCAUUGUCUGCAGUUGGAAUACAAAAUGGUUGCCGAAUCAUGUUAAUUGGGAAAAAGAACAAUCCAGAGGAAGAAAUUGAACUAAAAAAGUUGAAAAUUUUAGAGAAGUCUGUGGAGAAGAUAGCUGACCAACUGGGAGAGUUGAAUAAAGAGCUUUUUGGAAUCCAACAGGGUUUUCUGGCCAAGGAUUUGCAAGCUGAAGCACUCUGCAAACUGGAUAGGAAAGUAAAAGCCACAAUCGAGCAGUUUAUGAAGAUCUUGGAGGAGAUUGAUACACUAGUUCUGCCAGAAAAUUUCAAAGAAAGUAGACUGAAAAGGAAGAGUUUGGUGAAAAGGGUUCAGGCAUUCCUAGCUGAGUGCGACAUAGUGGAGCAGAACAUCUGCCAGGAGACAGAGCAGCUGCAAUCCACAAACUUGGCCCUGGCCAAAUGAGGAGAGGCAGGGAGAGGCUGCACUGCCCUGAAGAACAGUGCCACCAGCUCUGCCUUCUCUGCAACAGGAGUUACCUGAUUUCUCCAAGGCUGCUGGGCCACUUGGCCAAUUGCCAGUUUUCACCUCAGCAUAUUUCCCUGCUUAAAACCUCCAUUGGUGCACCUGUUCUCAGUGAACAAGUACUGUGUUUAUAAUCUUAUGUAGAGCUCUUGUUUGUUUCCUCAUUCUGCCUGUGUGUGGCUGAGAGCCCAAAUCUUCCCAUGUCUUUUGACCUUUGGGUGCUUUCGUUUGUCCUGGAGUAGUUCAGAUUUAUAGGCCACCCUGAUCUUCAGAUACAUGAGGCCUUUUUUCCCUUGUGGUCCCAUAGUCCCAAGAUGUAAAUCAGAAUCGUUUGGAGGUUGUAUCUAGUCAGGGAUGUUGGAAAUAGCUUGGAGCAGGUGUUUGGUACACAGUAGUCCAAAUAUCCCUCAUUGUGACCUAAUUCCGGAAUGGUUGUGUUGUUGGUUCACAGACUUUGUACUUACUUUCCAGUGAACCUGCACAGCCACGGGCCAGGAAAUCUCGGGGGGCCUUUCCUGGGGUGGGGCCUGUGGUUGCUGUAUGGGCUUCCUUGUCCCCUAGCAAAUCUGUAGGAAGUAGAACCCAGUGUUGAUGGAGUCUAUGCUUGAAACCAAGUCAAAAUCAUGUCUCGGGAAGGACAUAGAGGGGAACAGAGUAAGUAAAGCAGACAGAUGGUGAAGACAGCCAUAAACUUUUCGGGAGUUUCUUCAACAGCAUUUCUGUCCACUGUAUGUACUGAGAUCUAUAUUUCCUUCAAGGCUGUUCCUGUCCACUUUGUGACCUUCCCCUCCCCAUCCCACCACCUAUUGUUAUUUUUUUAAAAACUAUACACACAUCAGCAAUCAGAAGAGUAUUUAAACUAUUUUUUUCAGGGGGGAGAGAAAGAGAUACAUCAGUGUGAGAGAGAAACAUUGAUCGGUUGCCUCUUGUAAGCACCCUAACUGGAGAUCAACAGCUCUGCAUGCUAGAACUCUUAAACUGGUCAGCUUCUGUCACCCCAUUUUUUCAUACAGGGCAUCACUGAAGUUCCAGUAACUUAGGACUGUGUGGGUGGGACUAGGACAAGGUGGUAUGGAGUGGACAAGUGGAUGAAGCUCAGGGCCCAGCCCACCACCAACUGUAAUCCGAGCAAUUCAGUACGUAACUGCUUUAUGAAGUAGCUGUGUCAAAUUGGGCCACAAUAUUCAGUAAAAAGUUACUGUGUGCCAGAUAGUAUUUUAAGUACACGUGAUGUACUAGUCAUUUAAUCCUCAGACAACCUAGGAGAUAGAUACUCAUCCAUGUCAGAGAUGAGGAAACAGAGCUUAGGUAAUUUGCUAAAGUCAUGGAGUUAGUAACUAAGCCAGGACACGAAGCUGGGCAGUUUGAUCCAGAGUCCGUGCUCUUAUCUCUACUGUACUGCCUCUAUUGACAUAGGGAUGUGUGUUUGCUCUUAUUUUCUCUUUUCCUCCGUCCAUGUUGGUCUUUCCACUUGCUCUCUGGUCCUCUCUGAUUCAUUCUCCACAGAGCAUCGUGGGUGAUAUAAAGUACAAAUCUUAUCAUGUCAGUCCCAUCCAAUGGCUUCCCUUUCCCAUCUCAUGUUGGGCCACUCUCCUGUUUGCUCAGUGUGGUCAGCCAGUCUGGUCUUUGUUCCGGUUCUCAGGUGCUCUGUGCCCUCUCCUGCCCCAGGAUCUUUGCACUCACCAUUCUUCUGUUUGGACAGCUCCUUGCCACCCUUCCACUAUUGCCACCCCUUUCCUAGGGGUGUUUGUCUUUCAGAACCUAAUGCCUCUUCCGUGGACUGUCUGAGAACAUAUCAAGUCCCCUCUCACAGCUUGUCAUAACUUUUCUUUCACAGCAAGUGUCAUAGGCUCUGAUGAUUUAUUUAUGGUAUUACCUAAUUUAAUAUUUUCCAUUUAUACUUGACUAUAAGUUCCCUGGGUUAAGGAGCUUCUUUGUUUAGUUGAUAGCAUAUUUCAAGCACAUUGUCUGGUUUGUAGUAGAUGUUCAAUAAAUAUUUGUAAAACAAAA